AUGGCUUCCGGUCAGCAGGAGAGGUCGGAGCUGGACCGCAUGGCCCGCGAGGGGGAGACCGUCGUCCCCGGCGGCACCGGUGGGAAGAGCCUCGAGGCGCAGGAGCACCUCGCCGACGGGCGCAGCCGCGGCGGGGAGACUCGGAAGGAGCAGCUCGGGGAGGAGGGGUACCGCGAGAUGGGGCACAAGGGCGGGGAGACUCGCAAGGAGCAGCUCGGGGAGGAGGGGUACCGCGAGAUGGGGCGCAAGGGCGGGCUGAGCACCAUGGAGGAGUCUGGUGGCGAGCGCGCCGCCAGGGAGGGGCGCAGCCGUGGCGGGCAGACUCGCAGGGAGCAGAUGGGGGAGGAGGGGUACAGCGAGAUGGGUCGCAAGGGCGGGCUGAGCACCAACGACGAGUCCGGCGGCGAGCGCGCGGCCAGGGAGGGCAUCGACAUCGACGAGUCCAAGUUCAAGACCAAGUCCUAG